GGUAUGAAGUAAACUCCCCAGUCUUUUACACCGCCAUUAAACCCGCUCUGUCUCUUUCUCUCACACAGACACAAGCACACUGCACUUGUCACUCGUUCCGACCCUCAUAAAGGCGACCUUGGAGAGAAUCUGAAGCGCCACAGCCGUUGUCUUCUUCUGCUUUCUUCAUCCGUUUAUUGGAUGGAGAAGAUGGAUUCCUGCUGCUGUUGAGUGCGGACGAUCAAUUCCGAAGAUGGGUUCGCUGGAGGAGCCGGAAUCGAGGAGAAGUGAGAGGUGGGCACCGGCCAAAAGGUCGUCCUUCCCGAAGUCGAGGUCGAAAAUGGAGAGAUCCCUGAGGUUCGAGAAGAUUGAUUACCUGCAGUGGAUCUGCUCCAUCUUGGUGUUCUUGUCGGUUGUCAUCCUCUUUCAGGCUUAUCUCCCCACGUCCGUGACGGAGAAAUCCGGGGAACGGAGGAGCAUUGCCGGGUUGAGACAGUUGGGGGACUUGAGCUUUGGUGAGGAGGUGAAGUUUGUGCCUGGGAAGGUGAUUCGGAGGUUGGAGAGGGAUAAGAAAAGGAUGGGUUUGGAAGGUGGAGAGAUGAGGCCGCGCAUUCGGACGCCGAUUCGGAGGCCUCGGAUUGCGAUUGUGUUUGCAGAUCUGUUAAUGGACGAUGUGCAGCUCUUGAUGUUUACUCUUUCUUCUUCCCUGCAAGAAAUAGGGUACGCAAUUCAGCUUUUUGCAGUUGAGGAUGGUCCUGUCCAUUCUAUAUGGAGCAACAAAGGCAUAUCUGUUAGUAUUUUGCAGGGAAGCAACAAGUCAGGAGCUGCUGUAGAUUGGCUAAAUUUUGAUGGUCUUCUUAUCAAUUCUCUUCAGGCUAGAGGCGUUCUUUCUAAUCUUAUGCAGGAGCCUUUCAAAUCUAUACCUGUCAUUUGGACAAUACAUGAUUGGGCACCGCCACAUCAAUUGACAGAGGAAGCCACAGAUGAAAGUUCUAAACUCAUAAACGAGUGGAAACAGGCAUUUGCCCGAGCUACAGUUGUAAUCUUUCCAGACUAUGUUUUGCCGAUGAUGUAUGCGGCAUUUGAUUCUGGGAACUACAUGGUCGUCCCAGGAUCAUCUGUUGAAUCAUGGGAAGCAUCAAUGUUCAAGGCCCUCAACAGAGGACGUGAUGUGCGAGCUGAAAUGGGUUACAGUGAUGAAGAUUUUGUUAUUGUCAUUGUUGGGAGUCAACUUUUGUACAGUGGUAUUUGGUUGGAACACUCACUUGUUAUGAAAGCCUUGGUGCCACUUCUUGCUCAGCUCCACAAUGGUAACAGUUCUGAUUCACGUUUGAAAAUUGCUAUUGUAAGCGGGAACUCUACAAGCACAUACAAAGUGUCAUUGCAGGCAAUUGCUCUGAAAUUAGGUUACCCAAGGGCUAAUGUUCAGCAUUUUGGCAGCGAUGAAGAUGUGAGCAGUUUACUUAGCAUAUCUGAUCUUGUAAUAUAUGGGACAUUUCGUGAAGAACAGUCCUUCCCAUCAUUUUUGAUAAGAGCAAUGUGUCUUGGAAAGCCAAUUGUUGCCCCAGACCUUGAAAUGAUAAGAAAGCAUAUUGAUGACAGAGUCAAUGGCUUCCUUUUCCCAAAGGAGAAUAUUGGCCUGCUAACAGAGGCACUAUUUCAGGCAGUUUCAAAUGGAAAAUUAUCUCUUCUUGCUCAAACUGUUGCAUUAAAUGGAAAAAAGAAUGCAACAAAUCUAAUGGUCUCUGAAACUAUUGAAGGCUAUGCUACGGUGCUUGAAACCAUUGUUCAGUUGCCAUCAGAAGUUGCAUAUCCAAAGUCCAUCAAGGAGAUCCCUCAGACGAUGAAAGAUGAAUGGCACUGGCACAUUGCUAGUGAAGUUGACCUCAAACACUGGAAAAGAAGACCAAAAAAUUCCAAAUUUUCUGUCCUGGUGGGGGAAUUCCAGAAUUAUAGUUAUAUUCUAAGUUCGACGGUCCCUAAACGUGUGAUAGAUGAAGUAUUCUCUUUAGCUGAUUGGGAAGAACAAAGAUCUAUUGAGAUGGCUUAUGCAAGAAAGAGGCGGGAAGAAGAAGAGCUGAAGGAUCGGACUGAUCAGCCAAGAGGAACAUGGGAGGAAGUAUAUCGCAAUGCCAAAAGAGCAGAUAGAGCCAGAAAUGAAUUGCAUGAGAGAGAUGACAGGGAGCUUGAAAGGAUAGGUCAGCCUUUGUGCAUAUAUGAACCAUACUUUGGGGAAGGUGCCUGGCCUUUUCUCCAUCAGAGCUCCCUUUAUCGUGGGAUAGGUCUAUCUACAAAAGGACGAAGGCCGGGAGCUGAUGAUAUAGAUGGAUCUGCUCGUCUUCCACUCCUGAACAGCGGUUACUAUAGAGAUGUGCUUAGUGAAUAUGGUGCCUUCUUCGCCAUAGCUAAUAGGAUUGAUCGUCUACAUAGGAAUGCAUGGAUUGGAUCUCAGUCUUGGAGAGCUGCUGCAAAGGGGGCAUCCUUAUCUGAGACAGCUGAAAGGGCUGUGCUAGAGGCAAUUCAAAGUCACAAACAUGGGGACGCUCUCUAUUUUUGGGCCAGAUUGGAUGAUGAUUCUAGGAAUCCAGCCAAACUGGGUUUCUGGUCUUUUUGUGAUGCUGUUAAUGCUGGAAAUUGCAGGUUUGCAGUUUCUGAAGCCCUAAAAAGGAUGUAUGGUGUAUCAAAGGACUUCGAUGCUUUGCCACCUAUGCCAGAUGGUACAGGCACUUGGUCUGUGAUGCAUAGCUGGGCUUUGCCAACUAGGUCAUUUCUUGAAAUGGUGAUGUUCGCAAGGAUGUUUGUAGAUGCAUUGGACGCCGAACUGUAUGACGAGCACCAUAGAACUUUGCAAUGUUAUCUAAGUACAAAGAAGGAUCGGCAUUGCUAUUCUCGCCUGCUUGAGCUGGUUGUUAAUAUCUGGGCAUAUCACAGUGCAAGACGGAUGAUCUAUGUAAAUCCUCAAACUGGAGCCAUGCAAGAGCAACAUGGCUUUGCAAUUAGAAGAGGCAAGAUGUGGAUCAGAUGGUUUACCUUUUCCACACUCAAAAGCAUGGAUGAAGAAUUGGCAGAGGAAUCCGAUUCGGAUCAUCCGAACCGGAGAUGGUUGUGGCCAUUGACAGGUGAAGUCUUUUGGCAAGGUAUAUACGAGAGGGAACGGAAUAUGCGGAAUCAACAGAAGGCUCAGAGGAAACAAAAGAGCAAAGAUAAAAUUAGAAGGAUUAAGAACAGACAGCAUCAGAAAACGCUCGGGAAAUACAUCAAACCACCACCGGAGGAGGUGUCAAACACAACUGUGACGUGAACAUAUAUGAAAUCCUGCUGCUGGCUUCAAAUGAUCUGGCGACACCAAUGUGUCUCCAGCAAGUCGAAUGUAUUAUUUGGUUCUCUCUCUCCCCAUGUCUGAGAAGGGUGCAGUGAUCGAUCCCCAUUUUUCUGACAUUCUUUGCAUCUGCAUCCGUUCACGAAGAUCUUGGAACGAGGGAGGGUUGUAAUUCUUUUGUUUCAUAGCCAAAGUCUCCAGAAAAUGUACCAGCUUGGAGAUGGAAUCGCCAUGGAAAACCAUCUUUUCAAUACCACAGCAUUCCCAUGUUUAAAUUAGAUAAUGGUUAUCAUCGUCUUGUCCACCCGUCUUUAUGAUCUCUUCAGAUGAUCUCAUGAAUGACAUGAUCUCCCAUUGGCAUC